AUGGAUUUGCUUAGAAAGUUCCUUGCUGAGAAUAGCCAUAUUCAAUUUGCUGCCUCAGAUUCUCCAGAUUUCGCCGACCUAUGUUCAGCAUUCAUUAUAAAUGCAACGAAGAAACCAAGCUUGAUCGUCCGGCCCCGUUCGGCCGAGGAUAUAAGCGGGCUUGUAUCGAUCCUCACAACCAAUGAUAUUCCCUUCACUAUCCGUGGCGGUGGCCAUGAUAUGUUCGGUCGAUCUCAAGUAGACGGUGCAGUAACUAUUGACAUGCGUGAGAUUUGUCAUGUCCACGUCGAUUCCGCCUCGAAAACAGCACGAGUGGGCGGAGGUAUUAUUUCCAUGAAUCUGCUCAAGGAACUGGAGAAGCAUCAGAUGGUCACUCCUCAUCCUGUGACACCAAGUGUUGGGUAUGUUGGCUGGGCGAUUCAUGGUGGGUAUGGUUUACUCAGUACCAAAUAUGGACUUGGGGUGGAUCAGAUUGUGGGUGCGACUGUUGUAGAUGCGAAUGGGAAUAUCCUCGAGGCAGACGAAAGGAUGUUGACCGUUAUUCGAGGUGGUGGAGGUGCAGUGGGUGUUAUUGUGGAAGUGAAGACCAAGAUUUACCCUCUGGAUCAGGUUCUUGCAGGAGCAAUCAUAUAUCAACCAUCCGAGCUGGUUACAGGCUUUCGAGACUUUAAUACCAACUUUCAGCAAGCCAAGCGAGAUGGCUUUCCACCCGAGCUCGGCAUAUAUCGAUUCAUCAUGAAUGGGCCUACAGGGAAAGCUCAAAUUGUUCUAUUCCUCUGGGCUUCAUCGGACAUCAGCGAAGGCCAAAAAUGGUUGUCAACAGUUUCUUCAUGGGCGCCUCUUGGGAUGAGCACUGUGGCACCAACUACCAUCGCCGCCUUUAACGAAGUAACCAACUCCAUGGUCCCAAAGAUAGCCUACGGGACUAUUCACGCUCCCAUAUUCCGCAGUUUAACGCCUGAGGUUGUGGAUGUGAUCGGCAAGCAUGCGCUAUUACAACCUAAUAACCCUGAGGUUCUAUUCGGCAUUCAUGAGCUCCGUGCAGACGCUCCUAUGUCAUCCAACGGUUCGAUUUUCAAUGCACGCCAGGCUCAUGUCUUGAUUGAGAUAAUUCCAAUUACAGGAUCUCUCGACACACUGUAUGAGACGAUGGCUUGGGGUCAAAAUUUUAAUGAUGCUUUGUUAGCAACAGAUGCAGCGAAUCGUCUCUCCUGCUCUUAUAUCCCAUUAAAUCCUACAAGGGAUCUGGAAUUUAAAGGUAUUUAUGGAAGCCAGUAUGAGACUUUGCGAGAGAUCAAGACAGAGCUCGAUCCUGACAACAAAUUCAAGCAUGCACUUGUGCAACUUUAG